GUUCCUCCUCGCGAUCGUUUCUGCUUGUAUGUUCAUGCAGCGCGCGGCUGCUGGUGCUGUCGGCUGGUGGCGCGUUGGCUGCUAGCAGUUCUCUCUACCUCCUCGCGAGGAUAAGUGCAGCCGCUGCUGUCUGCUAGGCGACGUAAACAAGAACCAGUGCUGCUGCCGCAGCACGUCCGACGGCAACCAGUCCAGUGAGGCAGGCAUCUGAGGCCGGAACAGUGAGGCAGGAACACGUCGGCCACAGAGGAAUAUAUCUAUCGGAACGUCGUCGUGCGUGGCUUCACUCUCGUGCGGUGUUGAAGUGUGUGUGACGAACUUUCUAACAGACGUCGCGAUACUGCGACCGUCGGUAAAAACGACAACGCAGCUAGGGUGGCUAACGCAGUGUUGCAGCUGCAACCUUCGGCGUCGGUGAUUUGAGUGCGUCGGCAGUUGCGACUGUUGGAACUGUGUGUUUUUGUGCGCGCGUUGAGGAUACUACCAGCGAGGCUACGUGGUCUAUCCGGAAGCAGCUCGCCAUACGCUGUAGGAGCGGCACUGCCACAGACAAAUAGGUUGCGGGCGCGCGGAGGGAAGGCGCGGGUUUAGGGGGCUGCGCGCGCCAGGCGUAAGAGCCAAGGCGACCGCAGCGCUCUGCCCGAUCGUGGCGGUGGUGCGGGAAAGCACUCUUCGGCGCAGCAGACGGACUGCGAUGAGCGUGGUGCGUGUGUCGGCCGCCGCUCCUGCGCGGCCCAAACUGCCGGCGCUGGAUGCGGGCUCUCCAUGACCGCACCGAAGGUGCUGCGGCCAUGGCCUCGUCGACGACGACCACCACCGUGCAGACGACGUCGGCGCCCCCCGGGGGCGUCGGCGGUUGCACCCCGCACCUGAAGCGAGUGCUCAAAAGCUACCAGGCAUCGGCCGUGUCGAGCCUCCAGGGUCCGCCCGCGCUCAUGGCGGCCUCGGCCGCCGCCGAUCCGGGCGGACUGGGCGACGAAGACGAGCCGCUCGAGGCGCCCGCCUUGCCGGCGAUCCAACAGCCGCCGUUGCUCACGCCUCCCGACCAGGCUCAGGGCAGCGAGCGCGACGAGACGCAGCUCGAGUGGAACACCAUCUCGUGCUUCACCGUGGGCGGCGAGCAGCGGCUCUGCCUCCCGCAGAUCCUCAACACCGUGCUGACGGACCUGUCGCUGCCGCAGAUCAACAGCGUGUGCACGGACCUGCACAUCUUCUGCCUGCGAUGCAACCCCGAGCAGCUGGACGUGCUCAAGCGGGCCGGCGUGAUACCGACCAGUGCGCCCAGUUGCGGCCUCAUCACCAAGUCGGACGCCGAGCGGCUGUGCGCCGCGCUGCUGCACGCCGGCACGCCGGCUUCGGAUUUGAACCGCAACCUGGUCGGGCCAGGGGUGCCCGUGUACCACGAGUGCUUCGGCGGCGCCUCCGGUGUGGUGUGGCUGGAGACGUCCAUGGUGCGGUGCCGCGACUGCGGCCUGUUCUACUCGCCGCGCCGCUUUGUGUGCCACGGCCACGGUUCGCGAGAGAAGCGCACCUGCCACUGGGGCUUCGACUCCGGUCGCUGGAGGAAGUACCUGCUCCUGGACGACCGCGAGCCCCUAGAGGACGCCGACGACAUGCGCGCGCUGCUGCGACAGUUCAAGGACAAGUUCCCCGACGCCGCCAAGCGGAAACAGGCGAGUACUUCCGCACAGGCUUCUCUUGCGCUGCGCAAAUGGUGUUCAUAG